CAGACACUGGUUCGUUUUGGAUGCUGUUUGCUAAGUCAGGGCUUUUCAGUUAUCUUCAUCAGCCAUGGGUGUGAAUGAUCUAUGGUCAAUUUUGAGUCCGGUGCAGGAGUCUGUCCCAUUGUACAGUCUUACAGGGAAAACACUGGCCGUGGAUCUCAGUCUGUGGAUCUGUGAAGCCCAACAUGUUCAAGGAAUGAUGGGCAGAGUUACAAAACCUCAUCUACGCAAUUUGUUUUUUCGUGCAUCAUCUGUCCUUCGGAUGGGAAUCAAGCUCAUAUUUGUUAUGGAAGGAGAAGCUCCUAAGCUGAAGGCUGAGACAAUGAAAAAGAGAACCGAGACAGCGUUCCGUACCAAUAAAACCAAGAGCGCUCCUAAACCAGCAAAAACCACAAACACAAGCAGGGGGCGAUUCAUGGCUGUGCUUAGAGAGUGCGCUGAGAUGUUAGAUUAUCUGGGUUUGCCGUGGGUGGCUGCAGCGGGUGAAGCCGAGGCGAUGUGCGCCUUUAUGGACGCCCAAGGUUUGGUGGAUGGCUGCAUUACCAGUGACGGAGAUGCUUUCCUAUAUGGUGCACGGACUGUCUACAGAAACUUCAACAUGAACACAAAGGACCCUCAGAUAGAGUGCUAUAAGAUGUCCAGAGUGGAGACAGAACUGCAGCUAAAGCGAGAGACACUUGUGGGCCUGGCUGUACUCUUAGGGUGUGAUUACAUACCCAAGGGUGUUCCAGGUGUUGGGAAAGAACAAACCCUUAAGUUGAUACAGAAUUUAAAUGGACAAACCCUUCUUCAGAAGUUCAGUGACUGGGGAAAAACUGCUUCCGAGACCCUGGAGUGUGCUGUAAAGAAAGUCACCCACUGCUUGGUGUGUCGUCAUCCUGGUAGUGCUAAAUCUCAUGAGCAAAAAGGCUGUGUGUACUGUGACAGUAAAAAGUUCUGUCAGCCUCAGGACUACGACUCAGAGUGUCCCUGCGACUGGCAUCGUACUGAACACGCUCGCCAGGCCUUCUCAGUUGAAGCUUCAAUUAAAAAGAAGACCCUAGCCUGUGAUUUGUUCCCCUUCUCAGAUAUCAUCAAUGAAUAUCUGAUUUCAAAGGACAAAUUGGUUGCCAGUUUCAAAAGGAGGAAACCAAGCUUACUCCUAAUGCAGAAAUUUGCUCUGGAGAAGAUGGAGUGGCCUAAACACUACACCAGUGAAAAAGUCUUGGCACUGAUGACCUACACCGAACUAAUGAACAGAAGACAAGGAAUACAAUCAACAACACAGAUACAGCCUAUUCGAAUAUACAAGAGGCGCAUAAGAAGUGGUGUCUCCUGCUUUGAAGUCAUGUGGAUUAAACCAGAUCAUUAUGUAUUUCCCGAGGACUGCCCUCCAGGCGAGCAAGAUGUAGUGAGGACUGUGGAAGAGGAGAAUCUGUUUAAUUUGGCUUUCCCAGACAUUGUUGACAUCUUCAACAAGGAAACAGCAGAACCCAAAGACAACAAAUUAAAAAAAAAGAAGAAGGUGGAAAAGGAGAAACUGGUUGAUACUGCUGAUGGAAUCUCUGAUAUCUUUGCACAGAUGUCUCUGCAAAGUUCUUCACAUCCUCAGCCCUCUUCAGGCUUGCCCACAAUUGUAGAUCACCCCACUUCUGGAUCGUAUGCACCAAAACCACCCAAACAGUCAAAUAAGCAUAAAAUUCAGGAUGUUCCAGACUCCUCUCUUUCCCAAGCAGUUUGCCAGCCAGAGGUUCCUGCUUCCACUGACCCUACAGAUGCAUCCUCUCAGGCCCAGAACUCCCUUUCAGUAUCUGCUGUGAUUGAAGAACUACACUUGAGCAACAUUGACUGGGAAGCUUUGUCUUUUACUGCUGCCCCAUCUCCUCAAAAUCUGCAGAGUAAGGCUGGUCUGAAAGUAGUGAACAAAUCAAAUGAAAAAGUCAAAGAUGAAUGCACAGGCUCGUCCAUUAGUGGUGGUUCACAUAACAUAGAACUACCAGCAUGUCCGCUGAGGGAAAGCGACAUUUUGAGGAAAGAGGCCAAAGUAAAAAAAACUGGGUGUAAACCAAAAAAUGCUGAGUUCAGUCAUAUGCCCUCAAAACCAUUGUCUAAGAAUUUAAAGGGUUCACUCAGCUCACAUGGACAAACAUCUGGACCUAGUAGAAGUACUUAUAUGGCUCCAGCUUCAAAGGAAAAAGUAUCUGAAAAAAAGCAGCAAACCCUACCUGUUGUGGCACCAACUAAAUACAAAUUUGUUAAGGUGAAACACUCUAAUGGGCAAUAUUCCAAUCCUCAGCCUACAAGUAAAGAGACUGGUUGUAAAAAGAGUGUUUGUGUGAGCCAAGGAUCUUCCAGUGAUGAGAAUCAUCCUGAAACAGAGGGAAGCAAAAACACAUACAAUCACAAAAAGACACUGAUCACACAAACUGUUGUUCCACAACUUAUCAAACCAGACAAACAACAGAUUUUUAAAGAGCAAAACAUUUCUGCAAAUGCACAGCAAGGAUCAGAAACCACAAUGCAUGAAAAGCCACUAUGUGUAGAUAGCUCAAGGACAAAUCCCAAAUCACAGGACAGCAUUGUAAAGAUUGAUGGUGAUGAUGAUGAUUCAUUUGUUUCUAUUAGUAGUCCUCUACCACUAGCAGAAAGACUUAAACUUAAAUUCAUUAAAUAAAAUAGAUUUGCUUGUGAUUACUACAAACUGUGACUAAAUAAUCUGCAUUUUUAAUGUUGUACCAGGAGCAACAAAAAGAUGUAAUAUGUGCUACAGUGAUUGUAAACUAUUAUUUCAAAGGUCAGUCUGA